GGCAAGAUGGCGGCGCCCGCUGGCCGCUGCUUGUGGAGAGUAGUGGCCCAGCGUCGCGGGUGGAUCUUCCCCGGGCUCGAUCAGCGCCUCGCCGCCGCCCCCGCCUUGGUGAGCGCCGCGCUGCCCGCCCGGCCCUACGCUGCGGCAGCGAAAACUGCAAAAAAAGGUUCAAAAAAGACCAAGCAGGAAGAAACAAAAAAGAAACAAGUCACUAAGAGGUGGCCCCUGAUGAGCAAGCCUGUGGAUGAUGUAUACUUGACGUGGUAUUAUGAGCGGCCAUCGUACGAUGUGGAAGAGGCUGUGGGUAUGCUAAAGAAAUUUCAGGAACUGGACUUCACUCACCCCAAACAGUAUGUCUAUAUUAACGUGUUCCUAGAUAUGGCACUACAGAAGAAGAAAAAAGUGGAACCAUUUGCAAGCACUGUUCUUCUUCCGUAUCGCUUUACAGAUGAAACGAAUAAGGUCUUGGUUUUCACAGAGAAUGAGGAAGAAGCUGAAAUAGCUCGAGAGAAUGGAGCUGCUGUUGUGGGAGGAGUUGAAUUAAUCAAAUGGAUUUUGGAAGAUGAAAUCCAAGUGGACUUCUACGUAGCUGUUCCUGCAAUAAUGCCUAAGCUAAUACCAUUAAGGAGCAAACUAAGACGAAAAUACCCAAGCACAAAAAAAAAUUCCUUGGGCCAUGAUAUUCCCAAAAUGCUGCAACUCUUCAGAGAAGGUCUUGAGUACAUGGUAGAAGAUGAGCGUGUAAUCAAGACAAGAAUAGCAAGACUGGAUAUGCCUACUGAGCAGAUAGUUGCCAAUCUAAAAACAGUUAUCCAUGAUAUCUGCACAUUCAAGCCAUCGACUUACGGUCCUCUUGUGCAGAAGCUGGUUAUUAGAUCUUCAACCAGUGAAGGUUUGCUAUUGAACCUUGAUGGACUUCUACCUCAGGUGGAGCAAGUAGAAGAAGAAGAAGAAAAAAAUGCAGAAGAUGAUGAUGAAGAAAAACCUGUCCAAGAAUCUGUUAGUACCUGAUGUCUUUCCUUGUAGAUCCGAUGAUCAAGUUUGGAAAGCAAAUGGUGUAAUUCAAAUCAUACUUUAUGAAAAGAAAAAAUAAAUCUAACUUGUGAAUUUCACUUGUAAAUUCUGUGUAACAAGAAACAUUGUCACAAACAGGAGUCUGUUGUCAAAACUGAAGACACUUUAAAUUCCUUUUGUUGGUAGCUGAGAGCUCCUUAGUUUGUGUGGGUUUUUUCUUUACACGUAAUAGUUCUUACUUUAAUAAAAGUAUUUCUGUAACU